AUGUUUAAAUUGUUCGUUCUCAUCUCCUUCUUUGCUCUGGCCAACGCCGCACCCGAUGCACUCCCCCUAGCAGAGGCAUUGCCAGUUUACAAAUCUGCACUACUUGCAGAGCCAGCACAUGUUGAAGUGCACGAACCCGCUUUGGCCAAAGUGGGCGAUGUGGUCGAGAGCGUGCCCACUGCUGUUUCCCAUCAGAGCUCAACUGUGGUACACAGCAAAGCUCAACGUAUUACACCGCUAGUAGCGCCCGCCGUACGCUCAUAUACUGCUCCGGCUAUACGUACUUAUGCAGCGGAAGCUCCAUUAUGGCACAACGCUCCACUCUUUACAACAUCUCUGUUUCGUGCAUUGCCAUUUGGUUUGGGUCCUGCUGCUGCUUUCGUACAUGCCAACGCUCCAGUACAAGUACGCUCUUUCGGCUCUGCUGCUUCCAUACAGGCGCCAUUCUAUCGUACAUAUGGAUUCACUACUUAUGGACAACCAUUGGUUUAUCCUGCUGCUGAGCUCCAAAAAUAA